CAAAUAGUAAAACUACAGAUUCCUUUGGCGGGUUCGAGUGAUUAAUCUCGAUUUGCCCAUCAAAUUAGAUAGAGAGAGAGAGAGAGAAAAAGCUUGAAACUUUUGACAAUUUCGACAUUUGAGGAUUGUUAAUUAAGCGGGACCAGUAUCGAAAUCGAACCAUAUAGAGAUUCCUCGGGUUACGAAAAUUGGGAUUUGGGUACGAAGAAAAGCUGUUUCUUUCUCCGAUUCCUUGUGACUAAAUAUAAGUUUUGAUUCCUGGGUUUUCUCGAUUAUCCCCGUUCGAACCAUUAAUCGCAUCAAAGCAGAAUCUUUAAUGACGACCAGUUUCGCAUUUCCUGGUGAUGAUUCUUCGAAACAACUUGUCUUGCUUGCAUCUAUUUGUUCCGGUAUUCUCAUGUGCAAAAUCGUUUAUGACUUGACUGGUUUCAUAAGCCCUUUGCUCUUCAGUGUUUAUGGAAAACUCGACAACAAAGUUAGAAUGGAAUGGAACAACAGGGGAUUCUCAACUUUCCAUGCUGUUUUUGUUUCUGUGGCUUCAAUCUAUCUAUUGGUGAUAUCAGAUCAGUUUGAUGAGAAUGUUCAUGGCGAUUUAGUCAUCAAUAGCACAACGAGGUUAUCGGAAGCUAUAAUGGGGAUCUCCUUAGGCUAUUUUCUAGCAGACUUAGCGAUGAUCGUUUGGCAGUUUCCUGCUCUUGGUGGUGUUGAAUAUGUUUUUCAUCACUGUUUAUCGAUGUUCUCGAUCAUUCUUUCUGUCACGAGUGGACAAAGUCAGUUCUACAUUUUCCUAGUGCUCUUGUCAGAGGCCACAACCCCGUUUGUCAAUCUUCGGUGGUACUUGGAUACUAGUGGUAAAAAAGGCUCUAAGGCCUACACGCUUAACGGAAUUGCACUGUUCUUGGGUUGGCUGGUUGCGAGGAUCCUUUUGUUUAUCUACUUCUUUGUUCACAUGUACCUCCAUUUCCAUCAGGUGAAGCAAGUGUUUCCACUGGGGUUUUACAGCCUUCUUACGAUAGCUCCGGUCCUGUCAAUGAUGAAUCUUCUUUGGUUCUGGAAAAUCACCAAAGGGUUGAUCAAAACAAUCUCCAAGGCGAGACACCGGGAAUGAAGAAAGUUUGAUGGUUAGAAAAAACUCUGCUUGACGUGAAAACAAAAAAGAUUUCGAUUGCAUUCACUUUGAUCUGUCCAUGAAAAAAAAAGAUUGAUAUCAUGUUGUGAUUUGUCUUUGAAGCCUUUUUGGGUUUAUAAACAAGAAUGUGCCAAGCUGUGGGAAUUUGUAUAUUCAAAGCCUUCAGCUGUUUUCUUAGGUAUUCAAUUUGUAAAGUUAGAACCAGAAUCAAUGUUUCAUGUCACUCGGAUUUUAGUGAUGUUUGUGUUUUAUCA